AUGGAUCCCGGCGAAGGCGGUUCCCCUGCCGCUCCAUCGACUUCCGGAGCAGCCCCAGGUGCAGGCGCGGCCGCGGAGAUUAAGGAGGACGCUGGAAAGCAGGUGGUGGUGAUUCUCAUCGGCCCUCCGGGCAGCGGCAAGUCCACGUUCGCCGAGGCCGUCAUGGCCGGUGCGGCCGCCGCCGGCCGCCCAUGGGCCCGCGUCUGCCAGGAUACAAUUGGAAAGGGCAAAGCUGGAACCAAAAUACAGUGUUUGAAGGCCGCAGCGGACGCUUUGAAGGAGGGAAAGAGCGUUCUCAUUGACCGAUGCAACUUGGAACGAGAGCAGCGCUCUGAUUUUGUGAAGCUUGGCUGCACCGUACAAGCGGAUGUGCAUGCUGUUUUCUUGGAUCUUCCUGCGAAGGUUUGCAUCUCACGCUCGGUUAGCCGGACUAGCCACGAAGGAAAUGUGCAGGGCGGAAUGGCUGCCAUGGUUGUGAACCGCAUGCUAAAGAACAAACAGGCACCCUUGCUGACUGAAGGUUUCAGUCGGAUCACGUUCUGUACGGAUGACGAUGACAUUAAGAAGGCAGUUGACAUGUAUAGUGCUUUAGGGCCUUCACAUAGUCUUGCUUCAGGAGUAUUUGGUCAGAAGAGCAAAGGGCCUGUACAAACUGGUAUAAUGAAAUUUCUCAAGAAGGCAGAUACUUCUAGCAUCAACAAGUCCAGUGGAACUAUGGUUACAUCAAGUGAAAGAAAGACAGGGCAACAAAAUACAACGUUGAAACAGGAGAACCUUGAAGCUGGUGGCGCCUGUUCAAUGCAAGUAGAAAAGAAGUUGGAUAACCUGAAGGAAAAAGAAGAACAAAGUAAGGAAAAGGUUUCUUCUGACACCAGUUUGUGCACUCUGGCAUUUCCAUCGAUUUCUACUGCUGACUUCCAGUUUGAUCUUGAGAAAGCAUCUGAGGUUAUAGUAGAUGCAGCUACUGAUUUCGUGCAGAAGCAUGAUAAUGUAAGACUAGUUCUUGUUGACUUGAGCCAAAAAUCAAGAAUAUUGUCAUUAGUCAAGGACAAGGCUGCUAAGAAGAGCUUUGACUCCAGCAGAUUUUUCACAUUUGUGGGAGACAUCACUCAGUUGCACUCCAAAGGAGGUCUUCAAUGCAACGUCAUUGCUAAUGCUGCCAACUGGAGGUUAAAACCUGGAGGUGGAGGGGUUAAUGCAGCUAUAUUUAAUGCUGCUGGAGAAGCUUUACAGCAUGCAACCAAGGAAUGUGCUGACACGUUGAGACCUGGUAACUCUAUUGCUGUUCCACUUCCAUCAACUUCCCCUCUGCAUCAACAGGAAGGGGUGACCCAUGUCAUACAUGUGCUCGGACCAAAUAUGAACCCAAUGCGUCCAGAUUGUCUGAAGAGUGACUAUACCAAAGGGUGUAAGGUUCUUCGUGAGGCAUAUAAUUCACUUUUUGAGAACUUUGCAUCCAUUGCCCGGAGCUACCCAGGGAAGCAGAAUGAUGAAACUUCAUCAAGGAAGUCAGCAUCUGGAGUGAUUUCACCUAAUGAUUCAAAAACGAAGCGAGAGGGCAGCGAUGAUUCUCAAAGGACCAAAAAGUGUAAGUUGCUUCCAUCUAUUUUGACUUCAAGUCAACACCAUGAGCGCAAAGGGACCAACACACUAAGUUAUCAUGAUAACUCCAUGGGUUCAUCUGAUGCUCCGAACCAAGCAAGAGAGGAAGACAACAAGAAGAAUGGUGCCGUCACCAACAAGACUUGGGGAUCCUGGGCACAGUCCCUUUAUGAGGUUGCCAUGCACCCAGAAAAAUAUAAGAACGCGGAUUCUAUCCUUGAGAUAUCUGAUGAAUUUGUUGUUCUGAAGGACCUCUAUCCCAAGGCCAAAAGGCAUGUGUUGGUGAUAUCUAGGACAGAUGGUCUUGAUUCUCUAGCAGAUGUCAAGAAAGUGCACUUACCACUGCUUAGGAGUUUGCAUUCAGCUGGGCUGAAGUGGGCACAUAAGUUCCUAGAGGAAGACGCAUCUCUGACGUUCAGGCUUGGAUAUCAUUCGGUUCCGUCCAUGCGGCAGUUGCACCUCCAUGUCAUAAGCCAGGAUUUCAACUCACCCAGCUUGAAAAACAAGAAGCACUGGAACUCCUUCACCAGUGCAUUUUUCCUUGAUUCUGUCGAUGUCAUGGACGAGGUUGACCAGCAUGGAUCCGUGACUAUCAGCCCUGACGAGAGGCUUCUCGCAAUGGAGCUAAGGUGCCACAGAUGCAGGAGCGCCCACCCGAAUAUUCCGAAGCUCAAAACCCACAUCGCGGCCUGCAAGUCCCCCUUCCCCUCCCAUUUUCUGAAGAAAGACAAGCUGUUGUCAGCUUCCACGGUGCGUACGGGCUGCAGUUAG